UUCCCCCCUUCCCUUUCUCUGUCUGUAGGCCGUCGUCUGUCGUCCAAGAUGUUCUGCGCAAUCUCGGGCGAACCUCCUCAGACGCCCGUCAUCUCGACCAAGUCUGGACUAGUCUUUGAGUCGAGGCUGAUCAGGAAAUAUGUUGAUGAGAAUGGCAAGGACCCGAUUACUGGAGAUGACUUGAGAGAAUCAGAUCUGGUAGAGAUUAAGCUGAAUCCCAAGACAGCCGCUCCAAGGCCUCCUACAAUCUCAUCCAUUCCGGCUCUUCUCUCAUCGCUACAAAACGAAUACGAUGCUACAAUGCUUGAGAUGUUCAAUCUGAAGAGGCAAUACGAGAAUGUCAGGCAAGAGCUUGCACAUGCUCUCUAUUCGAACGAUGCAGCUAAUCGGGUCAUUGCUCGGUUGAUGUUCGAAAGAGACCAGGCUAGGGAAGCAUUGGCAAAUAUUCAGUCUACCUUGGGAGGUGGAGUGGCCGCUGCUACGCCUGUGGCUGCUGCUGCAGACGGAGCUGGUGCGGGCGUGGAAGAUGCCGAGAUGGCGGAGGGACCUUCUGUUGGUGGUGCUUCUCUGCCUGCCGAGGUGGAGGCUAAGCUCGACGAGACAAGGGACCGGCUGUCUGCCUUGCGCAAGGCUAAAUCGAAGCGCAAGACCGUAGCAGAGGGCUAUGCUACCGCCAGCGACCUGGAGAGCUUCUCUCAAAAGAGCGCAGCAACUUCACUACACUCUGCAAAGCCUCCUGGCGUCUCUUCUCUAGCCAUUUCUGCAAAUGGAAAGUUCACAUUGACCGGAGGUGUAGACAAGCAAGUUCACGUCUACGAUCGGUCUACGUCGGGUAGCAGUAACAAGGCUGUCGCAAAUCUCAAGGGUCAUACCAAGAAGAUCACACACGUCGAAUUCAGCAGCAACGCUGGCGCCGUGGCCUCUGGACCAGAGGCCAACGAAGUCCCGAACCCAGCCUUCGCUGUCUCGGCGUCAGAAGACAAGACCGUCAAGGUCUGGAAGCUGGAAGGAGACGGCGAGGUCCCAUCAUAUACCCUCUUGCAUACUCUGAGCGAUUUCAAAGCGUCUAUCAGCGGUAUCUCGAUUCAUCCUUCCGGCGACCUCCUAGCUACUGUUCUCGAGGAUGGUACAUGGACAUUGCAUGAUCUCAGCGCCGGUAGCGAUGCACUACUCACUGUUCCAGCGCCUGCAGGCGAGUCGGCAGAUGAUGCGACAGGCGGAUACGAGUAUGCCUCAGUGCAGUGGCACCCCGAUGGACAGCUGCUGGCGAUGGGUACUACGGGAGGCGUUGUCCGCAUCUGGGAUGUGAAGACAGCGGCCAAGGUUGCAACCUUUAAUGUGCUCCAAGGCAGCGAAGGCUCGACAGGAGAGGCUGUGACCGUCGACUCAUUGGACUUUAGCGAAAAUGGCUACUCGCUAGCCGUUGCUGCCAAGGGUCUGGCCUCGGCGCAAGUAUGGGACUUGAGGAAACUCGCCCUCACCACAUCUAUCCCUCUCACUUCGGAAGCGGCUCAAGGUGCUCUAGUGCGGUUCGAUCCAUCGGCUUCGUACCUGGCCGUGGCUACCUCUAGUCAGCUCAAGGUGUAUGCCAACAAGACGUGGAAGGAGCUACGGGUGUGCGAAGUGGAAAAGGCGGCUGCAGACGGAUUGAGUGGACUGGAGUGGGAUGCUAGGACGGGAGAGGUGGUGACGGUGGGCAUGGAUAGGGUUAUGAGGACCUUUGGACCCGCCAAGGCAGAGUAACUGGGGCUGGGGCGGGGUUGUCACACUCUUUGUAUGCUCGAAGUCUGCCUUAUAACUUUUCUCAAAGCAGCAUACUCUUCAUGGACCUGUCCUCGCGCAUGUGCAGGUCGGCAGACAGGGUACAUGUGGAGCUGCCGAUAAAUGAUCGUACAGACGAGCAGACGAAUUUUAUAGUGGUACAACAUUCGAUAGGUAUAGAGAUACAACAGUCGAAAAACAGAUCAUCCUACUGUACAUUGGGUCUUCUGUCGCGAU